UCCAAACAAGUUGUUAAAUGUUGCCUAUGCCUAUUUCAGAGGGUAGACAAUUUGCACAUUAAAAAGCCACGUGUCUACAAAGACUGCUUUUUGAAGCUCGUGCCGCUUUCAGAUAUGACCAGCAUAUCCCUUUUACGUUACCCUUCCUUCCACGUGGCAUUAUCAGCAAAGUCUACACGUGGCACCAACCCAUUUACUCCUCCAGCUAUACUAUAUAACCAAAGAGCCCCAUUAAUCCCUUUCUCGGCAAUCUCAAGAAAAUCACAGCUUUUUGAUUGAUACCCCAAGAAAUUCGAUCAUAUCUUUGUUUGACGGCUAUGGAGUUGUGUUUUCUCCCUCACGUUAAGACCUUUAAUUAUUCUCAUUUUCUGACACCAAUUUCCAAGAUUUCUGCUACUCAUCCUUCAACCCUCAAAUUUCCAUACAGUUAUGCUAAUAGAAGCAAAAGUUGGACGUUGAAGUGUGCAAAAGGGAGUUCAGUUUGGGAAAUAGAAAGAAAGUUAGAGGACGAGAUGAGUAUUAUUGAAGAUCAAGAAUUGGUCAGCAUUGGGAGAUUGACUGAUAAGUGUAAAGGAGAAGGUGGAAUGGUAGAGUUGUUGGAGUGUUUGGAAAGAGAAGCGAUUAUGGGAGAAGAUGAAGGAAAAGAACCAAUGGAUUACAAUAGAAGAGCUCAGAUUUUUGAUAAAAGUUCUCGAGUUUUCCAGGCUCUCAAAGAAAGAGAAGCUACUAGUGGAAAAGCAGCAACUUUACAACUAAUUAUGGACACUCUAAGAAAAUAUGAAGAUAACUCAGGCCAACUUAUCAAUAAGGAGAAAAGUUGUUUCCUGAUGGACAAAGAGAUCCCUGCCAAGAGAAAACAUAUUGUGGCUAGGAACUUGAAUUUUCAAGAAAAAGAAUUUCCUAUCAAAUAUUUGGGAUGUCCACUAUUUUAUGGGAGAAAAAAGAUUGAGUUCUUUACGGAGAUGGACACUAAAAUCAUCCAAAGAGUAGAAUCUUGGCAUGCUAACUUAUUAUCUACAAGUGGCAAAAAGACUCUUUAUCAAGCAUGUUCUAACUGCAAUACCUUUUCACUUGAUGUCUAUUUGCCAACCACCAAAUACUAUUUUAGCCAGAUUGAAAUAGUCUUUGCAAACUUUUUCUGGGGAAACCUAGAAGGUAAACAAAAAUAUCACUGGUCCUCAUGGAAAAACUUGUGCUUACCAAUUGAAGAAGGAGGAAUUGGCAUUAGAACUCUGCAAGAGAUCUUAGAUACCUUCUCAGCUAAGCUUUGGUGGCAAUUUAGAACCAGAGAAUCUCUUUGGACUGAUUUUAUGAAGGCCAAAUAUUCUUAAAGGGUUUACCCAAUGGCCAGAAAAUGGAACUACUCUCACUCAUACACUUGGAGAUGGAUGAUGAAAAUCAGACAUAUAACUGACCACCUAAUUCUUUGGAAGAUAAACUCUGGCAACUCAAACUUUUGGUGGGAUAACUGGACUGGAAUGGGUAAGCUAGCUCAAUUUGGAACUGCAUCUACCUUCAUAAAGAAUCAGGUAUCCUCUUAUAUCUCUAAUGGUAACUGGAAUACUCUUAAACUCUCUCAAAACCUUCCUUUACAUGUUGUUCAUCAAAUUCAAGGAGUCAAAAUUAACUCUCCCAACAUAAAAGACCAACCAAUAUGGACUGCGUCAAUAGAUGGGAGAUUUAGUUGUAACUCAGCUUGGAGAAAUCUUAGAGAAAUUCAUAAUACUUCACUUAUUAAUAAGAUGACUUGGCCUCCAAGAUGUCCGUUUAAAAUUUCUUCCUUCCUUACUUUGGAGGCUACUCACACAUAAGGUCUCUAUAGAUGGCAACCUAGGCAGAUUUGGCACUCAAUUGGCCUCCAAAUGUUCAUGUUGCAUUAGUUCUAGUUCAGAGGAUGAAGAUCGCAUGUUCAUCAACAACAUGGUUGGUAAAGCGGUAUGGCUAUUCUUCAACCAAAUAUUUGGUGUUAGAAGAGAUCAUAACAACAUUAGGCAGAUGGUCGUUACUUGGUGGAUGGAAAGUGGUCAAAAUACUUUACAAAAAUUUGCCCUACAAAUCCUACCUGGCAUAAUUGUUUGGAAAGCUAGAUGUAAGAGCAGAUUUGAAGGGAUUAGGAUGUCCUCCAGCUGGAUAAUCCUUCACACUACCCAGCAACUCAAUAUUAUUGCUUACAAAUAAUUUCCCGUAGUACCUCCGUUCAUGAAAAGGAAUCAUUUCUUUGAAUUAAUUGAUACUGCACAACCUGCAAUUCAUACUAAUUUUGUUAAGUGGUUCUCCCACACAAUGGAUGGAUGAAAUUGAACUGUGAUGGAUGCUCUAAGGUCAAUCCAGGCCCUAGUGGAGGAGGAGGUAUUAUCGGGGAUGAUCAUGGGAACUUGAUUAAGGCGUAUGCUAUAUCAUUUGGCACGAAUACUAAUAACUUUGCUAAAACUUUAGCACUGAAAUACGGUAUAGACUGGUGCAUUCAUAAUAAUAUCAAAAAAGUUGAGGUGGAAAGUAACUCUCUCAUGCUGGUAAAUUGGAUUACAAACACCAAAUGAAUUGCGUUGAAGAAGUUACUAUGAAACACUGCUUCAGGGAAUGCAAAAGGUAGCAGAUCAUUUUGCUAACUUUGGCUUGAAUUGUAAUGACAUUACUUGGUUCGACAAUUUCUACCAACUUCCCAGGGAGGUUAGAGGAGAAGUUAACAUGGACAAACUCCAAUUUCCUUCUCUUCAUAGCAAAAUCAUGAAGAAAAAUUUAUUUUUGAAUCGACAACUUCUCAUGAUGUACCAUUUUGACGUCUACUAAUAAUAUGUUAGCUUCA